AUGCUUUCUUUGCCACAUUCCGCGCCUGAGCGCAAACUAGCCUUCAAGCCUUUAGACAAGCUCCCAUUGCUAGCUAUUUGUAUAAUUGUAACGAGGCGCUUUUCAAGUUCUUCUGCAGAAUUAACCGAUGAAAAUACUCGAUACUUUAGAGAAAAUAAACGAGCUACACCGUCGCAACUAACAAACAGACCACAAUUCUUAAACUGCUGCCUGGCAUCCAGUCCCAACUGAUUCACCCAUUUUGUUACCAUGGCAACGGAGGAGAAAAAGCCAGAGACUGAAGCUGCUAAAACAGUGUCUGCAUCAUCUGCCUCAGCCGGCCAGAGCAAGUCAGCACCUGUGAAGCCAAACUACUGCCUGAAGUUCACACUCGCCGGCCAUACCAAGGCCGUCUCCUCGGUCAAGUUCAGCCCCAGCGGAGAAUGGCUGGCCAGCUCUUCUGCUGAUAAAUUGAUCAAAAUAUGGGGAGCCUACGACGGAAAGUUUGAGAAAACGGUGUCGGGACACAAGCUGGGUAUCUCAGACGUGGCGUGGUCCACGGACUCCAACCUCCUGGUCUCUGCAUCAGACGACAAGACUCUGAAGAUCUGGGACGUGAGCUCAGGGAAGUGCCUGAAGACUCUGAAAGGGCACAGCAACUACGUGUUCUGCUGCAACUUCAACCCCCAGUCCAACCUCAUCGUGUCGGGAUCGUUCGACGAGAGCGUGCGCAUCUGGGACGUGAAGACCGGGAAGUGCCUGAAGACCCUGCCCGCGCACUCUGACCCCGUCUCCGCGGUGCACUUCAACAGAGACGGCUCCCUCAUCGUGUCCAGCAGCUACGACGGACUCUGCCGGAUCUGGGACACAGCGUCAGGACAGUGCCUGAAAACGCUCAUAGAUGAUGACAAUCCUCCCGUCUCGUUUGUGAAGUUCUCCCCGAAUGGCAAAUACAUCCUGGCAGCCACCCUGGAUAACACGCUGAAACUUUGGGACUACAGCAAAGGAAAAUGCUUGAAAACUUAUACUGGCCAUAAAAAUGAGAAGUACUGCGUCUUUGCUAAUUUCUCCGUUACUGGUGGGAAGUGGAUUGUCUCUGGUUCAGAGGACAGCAUGGUGUAUAUCUGGAACCUGCAGACAAAGGAAAUUGUACAGAAACUGCAGGGGCACACAGACGUGGUGAUCUCCACCGCCUGCCACCCCACAGAGAACAUCAUCGCCUCCGCAGCGCUGGAAAACGACAAAACCAUCAAGCUGUGGAAGAGUGACUGCUAAACCCAUCAAAUCUGACGGAUUUUAUUCGCUUUUUUUUUUGUUGUUGUUGGAAAAGAACUUUGAGGACAGGAUUGGGCAGCGAACUCCAAAAAUGAAACGGCGCCAACGUGGGCCAGGCUGCUCGAGGAAGGGCGGAACCCGGUCCGAGCCGAACAGAACCACCUACGCGUCCCCUAAGCUUCCAGCGCACCUCAAAUGAUCCCAUUCGCGUCCCACCCAACCCCCUACAGGCCUUAUUUCUUAUUUUAACAGUAUGAAUUGGAUCUUUGUGUUUCAUUAAAAAAAAACAAUCAUAGUUGUAA